AUGAAGAAGGGUAAAGAAGAGAAGGUGUACAAGUUGAGAAAAGCACUUUAUGGGCUCAAACAAGCACCAAGAGCUUGGUACAGUAAGAUAGAAGCAUACUUUGUGCGAAAUGGAUUUGAAAGAUGUUUUUAUGAACAUACAUUGUUUACAAAAUCAACAGAAGGAGAAUUUGACAUGACUGAUCUAGGGAGGAUUCGGUAUUUUCUUAGAGUUGAAAUUUUGCAGAAUGCACAUGGAAUUUUUAUAUGUCAAAGGAAGUAUGCUCGGGAGGUGUUACCUCGGUUUGGCAUGAAGGAUUGUAAUGCAGUCAAGAAUCCAAUUGUUCCAAGAACACAGCUGUCUAGAAAUGAUGCAAGGACUAAAGUGGAUGCUACUUUAUUCAAACAAGUAGUUGGAAGCCUUAUGUACUUGACUGCAAUGGAGUCAGCUUAG